CCGAAAAUUUGUUCUAAAAAAAUCUCUUCCUGUAUCUUUACGCUUGAAAAAAGAUUAAAGUUUAGCGCUGAGUUGGUGGUUUUUUUCAUUCCUCAUUUUUCUCCAUCUUUUACAUCCACCCCGGAACAGGUCCAGGCAACGCUAGAUCGCAUCCGCGCCAGCAAGAAUCUGCUCAGUCAGCUGCAGUCGGACGAUGCCCUGGAGUCAUACCGUACCGAGGCACGCUCGAAGCUAAGCGAACAGACUGCCCGCAAGCUGGCGGAUAAGCUCGCGAUGGCGAACAGCGAAGAGGACGAUUUCGUCUCCACCGGCAUGACGGCACGCAAGGCACUCAAGAUCCGUGCCAGCACCGAAACGUCCUCGCUGGCCAAAAGCUCCCAGGCACUCAAGUGGAAAGACGAAACGGCCGAAUCGUACGCAAGCAAGCGUGCCAGCGCGACAAAGGCCCGUCUGCAGGACAUCGACCAGGAGAUUGAGGAGUUUGAGGCGAAGCAGGCAGCCCGGGCCCGGCGUAAUGCACAGCUGAAGCAGCUGCUGGCGGAAACGGCCGCCCAGGAUAUUGUGCCGGCCAGCCUUAGUGAGCACUCGGACGGUAUGAAGGUGACGACGGGUGUGUUGAAGGUGAAGACAACGCAGAAGAAGAUGGUCAGCUUUUAAGCCCCGGCGUUUUGAGGGGAGCAAGGGGGAAAAUCCCAACGGAGGGAGGGGAGGGAAAACAGUCCUUAACAGGCACGUGUGUUGUUGAUUUUAGUUUCAAUCUCUUCGCAAUCUCUUGUGUAAUAUUUGUGUAAUACGUACAAGUUGUAGGGCAACCUAGCUGGUAAGAACUUAGUUUUUUAUCCCAAAACAGAAAGGAGGAAAAACAUGGAAGGAAAAAGGCAAUGAGGAAAACUGGUUUAACAAGGUGGGGAAAGUGUAAAGUGGGAAGCGAAAUCGGUCUCCUCUGAUCCGAUACAGCAAACAGGAUGGCUUUUGAUACUGAAAGACAGCAAUAUAUUAGUAGCAGUAGCGCGUACAACAUGCAGCAGGCCGGGCGUGUGGCGCGUGACGAGUGUGCGAGUGCGAGUGUGUGUGUGUGUGAGUGUAUGUAUCGGGUUCUUGUAGCCGUGUCGUGUCUCGCGAAUCUGUUCUGUUCUCGUGUGUGUGUGUGUUUUUUUUAAAUGUACGAAUUUAAAAUGAAAAGUGACGCGGCGGCUGCUUGCCAUCGUGUUGUUUUGCUUUUCCGUUCAUUCGUCCGUUACCGCUGUACUGCUGAUGCUUCCUCUUGAAUCGUUCUACACCGAUGAUGCGUACGAAACCAGUAAAACCCUAAGUUAACCGAUGUGAAAACAUGAUGCAUAAUAAAUGAUGUUUAUUUACUUGUGG